CCGCGCAUAGUGCGAAAAGCUCCACUCGCGUUCGCCUCGCAUUCCAGUCCGCACCCGGAGUAGUAGUCACUCGUCACUCGACACUCGUCCCGAUUUCCCGUGAGCAAGCAGCAUGUGGUCGAAAAUUGGCAUCGCCGGAGCCCUGCUCGUGAUGGGUGGCAUCCUGUCCUCCAGCGUGGUGGACAACUUCGCCUACGUGGACCGCUCGCUGCCGGUGGCCAUGCCCAAGGCGAAGGCCUUCCAAGUGAAGCAGGAGUGAGCAUCCCAGACGGGGGCCUCGAGUGGCUCCCGGUGGGCUGCCGAUUAGGCGGUGCCUUCACUGGCCAGCCAGCUACUCCGGCUUGUGUUUGAGCUACAAGUUGGAGGGAGAUAGUGCUUCCACCUACGUGCCCACAGGAACAACUUGAGCACUGCAAUCUAAUUUAUACAUUUUUUUUUACACUAUGUGACUAAUUUAGCAAGUUAGAAGUAAGCAAUAUUAUUAGGCUUAACUGUCAAACGAA